UUGACACUCCUCCGUGUCGACCUCCGGGCUAUUCCGCUCUGCAUGCUCACCCUCCGGCUCUCCGCUGUCACCGUGGCCGUCUCGGUACGCACAUGCUGGUUGUCCACCGCCCGGUAACGGACCGUAUGCUGCCAUGAGCGCCUUGUGUCGCCUGAUUCAGAGAGGACUGCUGAGCGGCCGGCCGUCGUGCCGUUUGUUCGCCGGACAGCAGGAUGUGUGCUGCGGGGUGGCUCCCCUGGUCCGGGCAGCCAGCUCAUCCAGCCCAGUCAGCUUGACCUAUGACGUCUUUGAUGGGAAGGGAGAGAGCACUCCCCUGGUGUUUCUCCACGGGCUUUUUGGCAGUAAAUCUAACUUCCACUCGAUAGCGAAGUCCUUGGUGCAGCGUACAGGCCGAAAGGUGCUGACUGUAGAUGCCCGUAACCACGGUAACAGCCCUCACAGCCCCGUGCUGACUUAUGAAGCGAUGACCAGCGAUUUAAAACACCUCCUCGCUCAGCUGCGCAUCGAGAAGUGCGUCCUCAUCGGCCACAGUAUGGGAGGAAAAACAGCCAUGACGACGGCUCUGAUGCAGCCUGGUUUGGUGGAGAGGUUGGUGGUCGUGGACAUCAGUCCAGCCCAGACCACCGCACGCACCAGCUUCUACCAGUACAUCCAGGCAAUGCAGGACGUGAAGAUCUCCGUUGACAUCCCUCGGUCUACCGCCAGGCGGAUGGCCGAGGAUCAGCUGCGCAGUUUGGUCAAGGAGCACUCAGUGCGUCAGUUCCUGCUGACUAACCUGGUGGAGCAGAACGGACACUACGCCUGGAGGGUCAACUUGGAGGCCAUCUCAGCGCACCUUGACGACAUCAUGAGCUUCCCCAACUUUGACGCUGCCUAUGAGGGACCUACGCUGUUUUUGGGUGGAGCCAGUUCUGCUUAUAUAAGCUCCGAGGAUUACCCAGAAAUCCAGAGGCUGUUCCCCAACGCUGACAUCCAGUACAUCCCAGACGCGAGCCACUGGAUUCACGCAGACAAACCCUUAGAUUUCAUCAGCUCCAUCAGCUCCUUCCUUCAGUCCUAGCUGCCUCCAGCCUUCGCCUCAGAACUUUUUUUUUUU